UGUUAAUAAAAUGAUCUCUUUAACAGAUUCCGUAUAGGUAGGAGGUAAAUAAAGCACAUAGGCUCAAUGGCACAUGAAAUAAAACUUUUCUAAGGAAAUGAAGAAUCUAAUAAUUAUAUCAAUCUCAGGAGCUUGUGGAAGUUUUUCUUUAUUUCUGAAUUAAAACUUAAAUAUCAUUAACAAUGUCACGAGGUACUACAUUAAGAAUAUAGCAAAGUUAUAUUGAAAAUAAAAAUACAAUCAAAUUAAUGAGGAAUAAAAACACAAUUGGUGCAGUAACUGGUUAGGACUCUGAGCGUCGCUCUUCACCAGACUGGGGAAAACGCUGCUGCAGACCCGACUUUCGGCUCCUUCCGCACUGAUCACCCCCAGAUCAGACGAGCUGCUAGGAAAGCCGCUCACCCGCGCCCCACUCCGAUAUCCGCCAAGGAGUGUGUUCGCCUCGACUCUAGAUAAAUAAGGAAACAGCAGGCAGGAACCAGGACUAAGAAAAACAGGCGAGAGAAAGCAAUGGUGGAUCCGCUAAGGCGCUGGAGCUGCAGAGAGCCGCUCCUACUCUUUAUUCUCCUGGGGAAGCUGUGGGGGACCGGGACCGGGGCCGGGGCCGGGGCCGGGCAGAUACGCUAUUCGGUGCUUGAGGAGCGGGACAAAGGCUCCUUCGUGGGGAAUAUCGCCAAAGACCUGGGACUCAAGCCCCGAGAGAUGACGGAGCGCGGAGUCCGCAUCGUCUCCAGAGGUAAGACGCAAUUGUUCUCUCUGAGCCCGGGAAGCGGCAGCUUGAUCACAGCGGGCAGGAUAGACCGGGAGGAGCUCUGCGCUCAGACCUCGCCGUGUCUGGUGAGCUUUAACAUCCUGGUUGAGAAUAAAAUGAAAAUUUAUGGAGUAGAAGUAGAAAUUAUCGAUAUUAAUGAUAACUUCCCACGCUUCCGGGAUGAGGAAUUAAAAGUCAAAAUUAAUGAAAAUGCAGCUGUGGGAACGCGGUUAGUACUUCCCUUCGCACGAGAUCCGGACGUGGGUGUGAACUCUCUCCAGAGUUACCAGCUCAGCGACAAUACACACUUCUCUCUGGACGUGAAAAGCGGACCUGAUAAGCAAAGAUACCCCGAGCUGGUGAUGGAUCUGCCCCUGGACCGCGAGAAAGAGGCUGUUCACGACCUCCUCCUCACAGCUGUAGAUGGCGGAGACCCCAUCCUCUCUGGUACCACGCACAUCCGCGUACUGGUCCUCGACGCAAACGAUAACGCGCCCCUGUUCACUAGACCAGAGUACAGAGUGAGCGUCCCAGAAGACAUACCUGUGGGCACUCGGCUGCUCACCCUAACCGCUACGGAUCCAGACGAGGGACUAAAUGGGAAAUUGACCUACUCUUUUCGCAAUGAAGACGACAAAAUUUCAGAGACUUUCGAACUUGAUUCCAGCCUGGGGCAAAUCUCAACUCUGCAAUCCUUGGACUAUGAAGAAUCCAGCUUCUACCUAAUAGAAGUGGAAGCUCAGGAUGGAGGUGCUCUUCUUGCCAGCGCUACGGUGCUGGUCACAGUACAGGACGUGAAUGACAAUACCCCGGAGGUGAUACUCACCUCUCUCACCAGUUCCGUCUCUGAAAACUGUCUUCCCGGAACCGUAAUCGCCCUGUUUAGCGUACAUGAUAGUGAUUCUGGAGAGAAUGGGGAGAUUGCAUGUUCUAUCCCCAUGAACCUGCCCUUUAAGUUGGAGAAGUCUGUUGAUAAUUACUAUCACUUACUGACAACGAAAACCCUGGACAGGGAAGAGACCUCCGGUUAUAACAUCACAGUAACGGUCACUGACCGCGGAAACCCACCCCUGUCUACAGAAACUCAUAUCUCACUGAAAGUGGCAGACGUCAACGACAACCCGCCCGCCUUCCCUCACACCUCAUACUCCACCUACAUCCCGGAAAACAAUUCGAAAGGCGUCUCCAUUUUCUCCAUGAGCGCCCACGACCCCGACAGCGGAGAAAACGCCAGGGUCACUUACUCCCUGAACGAAGACACCCUCCAGGGGGUGCCUCUGUCCUCCUAUGUCUCCAUCAAUUCCGAUACAGGCAUAGUGUACGCGCUGCGCUCUUUCGACUAUGAGCAGUUCCGAGACCUGCAGCUGUGGGUGACAGCCAGCGACAGCGGGAACCCUCCACUCAGCAGCAAUGUGUCAUUGAGCCUCUUUGUGCUAGACCGGAAUGAUAACGUGCCAGAGAUCCUGUACCCCGCCCUUCCUACUGACGGCUCCACCGGCGUGGAGCUGGCACCUCGCUCUGCAGAUCCUGGCUACCUGGUGACCAAAGUGGUGGCAGUAGACCGUGACUCAGGGCAGAACGCCUGGCUGUCCUACCUCCUGCUCAAGGCCAGCGAGCCAGGGCUCUUCGCGGUGGGGGUGCACACGGGCGAGGUGCGCACUGCGCGGGCCCUGCAGGACAGAGACGCACUGAAGCAGAGCCUGGUGGUGGCCGUCCAGGACCACGGUCAGCCCCCUCUCUCCGCCACCGUCACACUCACUGUAGCCGUGGCCGACAACAUCCCGGAUGUCCUGGCCGACCUGGAGAGCAUCAAGACGUCCUCAGACCCUGAUGAUUCGGGCCUCACGCUGUACCUGGUUGUGGCUUUGGCCGCGGUCUCCUGUGUCUUCCUCGCCUUUGUCAUCGUGUUUUUGGCACUCAGGCUGAGGCGCUGGCACACAUCGCGUCUGUUGCAAGCUUCGAGCGGCGUGUUGCCGAGCCUGCCCGCCUCGCACUUUAUGGGCGUGGAAGGGGUGCAGGCCUUCCUGCAGACCUACUCCCACGAGGUCUCCCUCACCGCGGAUUCCGGAAAGAGUCAUAUUAUCUUCCCUCAACCCAACUACGCGGAUACUCUCAUUAGUGCAGAGAGUUGUGAGAAAAGCGAGCCUCUUCUUAUGCCUGAUCAGAUAAAUGCAAACAAAGAAGAACCGGAAGUCUUUCAGGUUAGUUUUCUUUUUCAUUAGGGAUGAAUGGAGCAUUUGUUUUCUCAUUUUUCCCUCACUUUCAAGUUCCCUUAAUUACGUAAACAGUAAAUCAUGACUUUCUUUCUUUAGAGAUUAAUUUAUAGUUGAUGAUUUCUCCAGUGUUUUCAAGCCAUUUUGGGGGUUUAAAGUCUACUUUUUUCAAGAUGUCCAUAUUUUAGAGACUCUAAACUGAUAUAAAUAGUUGUUUGUUGUUAGAUUCCCUUGAGUUGGUUCCGACUCAUAGCGACCCUGUGUAAAACAGAAGGAAACACUGCGGUCCUGUGCUAUCCUCACAAUUCUUGCUAUGUUUGAGCUCACCAUUGCAGCCACUGUCAGUCCAUCUCAGUGUCAAUCCAUCUCGUUGAGGAUCUUCCUCUUUUUUGCUGACCCUCUGCUAAGCAUGCUGUCCUUCUCCAGGGACUGGUCCCUCCUGAUAACAUGUCCAAAAUACCUGAGAUAAGCCUCCCCGUCCUCGCUUCUAAGGAGCAUUCUGGCUAACUUCUUCCAAGACGGACUCGUUUGCUCUUCUGGCAGUCCAUGGUAUAUUUAGUAUUCUUCACAGACACUAUAAUUCAAAUGCAUCAAUUCUCCUUCAGUCUUCCUUAUCCAUCAUUCAACUUUCACAUGCAUGUGAGAAGAUUGAAAAUACAGUGGGUUGGGUCAGGCAUACCUUAGUCCUCAAGGUGAUGUCUUUCUCUGCUUUUUAACCCUUUAAAGAGGUCUUUUGCAGCAGAUUUGCCCAAAGCACUACAAGUUUGAUUUCUUGACUGCUUCCAUGAGCCAUGAUCGUGGAUCUAAGUAAAGUGAUAUCCUUGACAACUUCAGUAUUUCUCCAUUUAUGAUGUUGCUUAUUGGUUCAAUUGUGAGGCUUUUUUGUUUUCUCUAUGUUAAAGUGUAAUCCAUGCCAAAGGCUAUAGCCUUUCAUCUUCAUCAGUAAGCCUUUCAGCAAGCAAGGUUGUGUCAUCUGCAGAUCGCAGGGUGUUUCUGAAUCUUCCUCCAAUCCUGAUGUCGAGUUCUUCAUAUAGUCCAGCUUCUCAGAUUAUUUGCUUAGCAUACAGGUCAAAUAAGUAUGGUGAAAGGAUACAACCCUGAAGCACACCUUUCCUGAUUUUAAACCAUGCAGCAUCCCCUUGUUCUGUUCGAACAACUGCCAUUUGAUCUAUGUACAGGUUCCACAUGAGCACAAUUAAGUGUUCUGGAAUUCUGAUUUUCACAAAGUUAUCCAUAUUUUGUUAUGAUCCACACAGUCGAAUGCCUUUGCAUAGUCAAUAAAACACAGGUAAACAUCUUUCUGGUGUUCCCUGCUUUCAGCCAAGAUCCACCUGACAUCAGCAAUGAUAUCCGUCAUUGUAAGUUCUUUUCUUAAUCUGGCCUGAAUCUGUGUCAGUUCCCUGUCGAUGUACUGCUGCAACCGUUUUUGAAGGAUCUUCAGCAUAAUUUUACUUGCGUGUGAUAUAAAUCUUAUUGUUCAAUGAUUUCCUCAUUCCAUUGGAUCGCCUUUGGAAUGAGCAUGUAUAUGAGGUGGAUCUCUUCCAGUUCGUUGGCCAGGAGGCUGUCUUCCAAAUUUCUUGGCACAGACGAGUGAGAGCGCUUCCAGCAUUUCAUCCAUUUGUUGAAACAUCUCAGUUGGUAGUCCGUCAAUUCCUGGAAACUUUUUCUCUUUUCACCAAUGCCCUCAACGGAGCUUGGACUUCUUUCUUCAGUACCAUUGGUUCUUGACCGUAUGCUACCUCUUGAAACAAAUGCUGAUGAAUUCUUUUUGGUACAAUGAUGCUCCCUGUGUCAUUCAAUUUUUUGUCCAUAAAAAUCUUUCAAUAUAGCAAGCUGAGGCUUUAAUUUUUUCAUCAGUUCUUUCGGCUUGAGAAAUGCUGAACAUAUUCUUCCCUUUUGGUUUUCUAACUCUGGACUUUACCCAUUUCAUUAUAAUACUUCGCUUUGUCUUCUCAAGAUGUCCUUUGAAAUCUUUUGUUCAGCUCUUCUACUUCAUCAUUUCUUCCACUUGCUUUAGUUAUUCUUCGUUCAAUAGCAAGUUUUAGAGUCUCUUCUAACAUCCACUUUGGUCUUUUCUUUCCCAUCUUUUUAAUGACCUUUUGCUUUCUUCAUGUAUGAUGUCCUUGAUGUCUUCCCACAACUCACCUGGUCUUUGGUCAUUAGUGUCCAGUGUGUCAAAUCUGUUCUUGAAAUGGUCUCUAAAUUCAGGUGAGAUAUACUCAAGGUCAUACUUGGACCCUUGUGGGCUUGUUUUAAUUUUCUUCAGCUUCACUUUGAACUUGCAUAUGAGCAAUUGGUAGUCUGUUCAACAGUCAGCCCCUAGUCUUGUUGUGACUGAUGAUAUUGAGCUUCUCCAUUGUCUCUUUCCACAGAUGUGGUCAAUUUGAUUUCUGCGUAUUUCAUCCAGUGAGGUCCACAUGUAUAGUCACCAUUUAUGGUGUUGAAGAAGAUAUUUGCAAUGGAUACAUCGUUUGUCUUGCAAAAUUCUGUCAUGCUCUCUCCCAUGUCAUUUCUGUCACCAAGGCCACAUUUUCCAACUAUUGAUUCUUCUUCUUGGAUCCUGACUCACAGCGACUUCAUG